AUGCCGGCUGGGUCAGCCGCGGGGCCCGCAUCCUCGCCUCCGUGCAGUCUGGUCCUGCCUCAGGACGCUGACUGCUGGUAUCCGCUCUCUGCGCGCGGCGGGCUGUGGGUUUGGGACUUGACUUUCUUUCUCCCGGAUGCGAACGAGGGCUACGACCGGCUCUCAAAGGAGAAGGCCGCAGCUACCUGGGAUCCUGGCCACUACCCUAGACACAUAGAGGCCCUGGAAAUUAGGGACAAGGAAAGUUUGGGGUUGACGAAUGGUCCAUGGGGACAUCUGGGAGCCAGCGAGGUCUUUGGAAUGGGAAAGGGGCAUUGGAGGGGCUGCAACUUGGCCUGCACCGUCUGCAGGAAACUCCCUUUGGAUCGCAAGGUCAUAUUUCUACCCCUUUUCCUACAGCAUUGGCCUCAGAGCGACCUGUGAAGGGGCACCAUGUUCCCUUCCUCUGUCUGGCCGCUGGCAGUUUGGUGGGGGGUGGGGCGGGGGUUCAAAGGGACGGUUAAAUGUCCAGGCUGGUCCUUCAAGCGACCCACUAACGCAGAUUCUAUUCUGGGCACACGGAGGUCUCCCAGUCUUCAGCCCCCAGCUGGAGGAACCUCAGCUUUUCCCUCUAGGGAACAGAAGAAUGAGAAAAGGCCGUCGCACAACCCAGCCUCAAAUCCCAAAUUCCUGGCUCAAAGUCAGAAAAUGAGAUACAAGACUUCUUUGGUGAUGAGGAAACGAAUGCGGCUUUACCGAAACGCCCUGAAAGAGUCAAGUAGCAGCUCCGGACACCAUGGCCCGCAGCUCGCUGCCGCCUCCAGCCCCUCGGUGUUACCGGGCUUUCACGAGCAGCCUCCCCAGGCCUCCCCUAGCUGCACUUUGAACGGACUCCUGCGUCUGGGGCUCCCCGGAGACAUGUACGCACGGCCCGAACCCUUCCCGCCGGGACCUGUGGCCCGCAGCGACGCCCUGGCAGCUGCCGCAGCCCUGCACAACUACGGGGGCAUGAACCUGACCAUGAACCUCGCCGCACCCCACGGUCCCGGCGCUUUCUUCCGCUACAUGCGCCAGCCCAUCAAACAGGAGCUGAUCUGCAAGUGGCUGGCGGCCGACGGCCCCGCACCCCCGCGCCUCUGCUCCAAAACUUUCAGCACCAUGCACGAGCUGCUGGUCACGCACGUCACCGUGGAGCACGUCGGAGGCCCUGAGCAGAGUCACCACAUAUGCUUCUGGGAGGAGUGUCCGCGCGAGGGCAAGCCCUUUAAAGCCAAAUACAAACUUGUAAAUCACAUCCGCGUGCACACGGGCGAGAAGCCCUUCCCUUGUCCUUUCCCGGGGUGUGGGAAAGUCUUUGCUAGAUCAGAAAAUCUCAAAAUACACAAAAGAACUCACACAGGGGAGAAGCCCUUCAGGUGCGAGUUCGAGGGCUGCGAGCGGCGCUUCGCCAACAGCAGCGACCGCAAGAAGCACUCGCACGUGCACACGAGUGACAAGCCCUACACGUGCAAAGUGCGCGGCUGCGACAAGUGCUACACGCACCCCAGCUCGCUGCGUAAGCACAUGAAGGUGCACGGGCGCUCGCCGCCGCCGCCCAGCUCUGGCUACGACUCGGCCACACCGUCUGCCCUCGUGUCGCCCUCGUCGGACUUCGGCCGCGAGCCCCCGGUGGCCUCCUCGGCGGCGGUGGCGGCGCGUAGCGCUGACCUGAGCGAAUGACACCAUUGGAAGAUUCUCACUCCUGCCCCGUGGCCGC